UAUCUCCACAUCUGUUUCUCUUCCUUCUCAAGCAAAAUUCCACAUCCACCCACCGAGUUAUCACCUACAACCACCGUGACCACCACCACAUCAUGUCUACAGAUCUGCAGUUACGCCAAGAUCUCCCUGCAAUCAAGCUUCCGGCAUCGUUGAAAAUCAAGCUUCCGGCAUCUCCACCGCUGAUGGAUUCAACAUCCGAGGAAUCAUGCGCGAUUCAAUUAGAGGAUCAAGAGGUGGAGGAAUGUCGAACGCCGACGACGAUACAGCAUAGAAUUCCUCAACUCAACACCUGUCCUCCGCCGCCUAAAAAACAGAGGCCGUCUGCUCCGUCGUGUAGGCGAAGAUUAUCGGAGUUUGAUUUCUUCGAGAGCGUUGCGAGAGACGAGAUUGAAUCGUUUUUUAGGUCAAGCUACGAAAUCAUCAAUCAACAAUCGAGCACGAAGAAGAGAAGGUGUAGUCGUCUGUAAAGAUUAUCACGAUUCACGAUACUUGAUUCGAAUUCGAGGGGAGGAAGAAUUCAUGAAUCACGAUCGAACUCAUUCUUAUAUAUAUAAAUAUGUACGUAAGUUUUUUUUUUUUUUUUUUUUUUUUUUUUUUUUUUUUUUUUUUUCUUUUCUUAUACAUCUCUGUUUUUCGUGAUCUGCCGAUUAAAUCAUCGGUUUAAUCUGGUUUGAUCAUAUUGAAAUCUGAAUCGCAAAUCAGACAAUUCAGAUCUGAAUUAUAGGUUUACACUGGUGUUUGAAUUUGUCUAGAAAAUACUAUUAAAAUUGCUUUCGGAAUUCUUUUUUUGAUCAUGUUCAUCAAUUUGCCUUAUUUGUCUGCAAAUUAUUGAUGUACAUAUCUCAUUAUCUCUCCUUGUUUUUAAUUAAUUCAAUCCAAACAAAUCUGAAUGUCUGCUUGAUUUGUUGUAUGUUGUAAGGUACAAUUAUACUUCUGUUAUUCUUUGACAAAUAAUUGAAUUUCAGAGCUUCUAUUUUG